CCUGCUCCACCCAAACUUUUGCCCUUUGCUAAGAUGGCGGCCGCCGGCGCUGCUGCCGCUGCUUCCCGGGGCCCCUGAAGGGUUUGUGACACCCUAAGCCGGCCGGCAAAGAUGGCGGCGGCGGGGGGAAGUAGUUCCCCAAGUAUCGUGGAGUACCUGGGCGGAGACGAUGGCUACCGCUGCGGCUACUGCAAGAGCGACACCGGCAACCUCUCCCACGGCAUGUGGGCUCAUUCACUGACUGUCCAAGAUUACCAAGAUCUUAUCGACAGAGGUUGGCGAAGGAGUGGGAAAUACAUUUACAAGCCUAUUAUGAAUCGUACAUGUUGUCCUCAAUAUACAAUAAGAUGCCGGGCCUUACUUUUCCAGCCUUCGAAAUCACAUAAGAAGGUUCUAAAGAAGAUGUUGAAAUUCUUAAUGAAGGGGGAAAUUCCUGUAGUAGACAGUGAAGUGGAGCCUAUGGAUUCUCACAUCAAAGAUACUGAUGGCUGCAGUUUUUUCUUAAAAGAUGAACCAGGCAGCUGUCAGGCUGAACUAAAACCCCUCAAUCCUGAUCAUUUGGAGAAGGCGGAGAGUGGGGAAGGAGAAAUAACUGUGAAGAAAGCAGACUCUGAGCAUAUUGAAUUGUCUCAUGAGAAAGUUAAUUCCAAUUCUGGGGAGCCGUUGGAGUCAGCUAAAGUUAGUCCGGCAGUUCCCAAACCAGGGAGAGGAGCCGACUUGAGUAAGCCACCCUGCCGUAAAGCAAAGGAACUAAGGAAGGAACAUAAAUUGCAGAAGACCCUUCAGAACCAGACACAAAAUCCUUCACUGCAAACCGAGGCUCAGGUUUUGCUUGGCCAGCGCUCAAAAGCUAAAACCAAUCAGCCCAAAUCAAUUGAAGACUUCAUUUUUGCCUCCUUACCUACUGAACCUGUGCACCAGUUAGAGGUGAGGCUGGUGCAGUCAUCUCCACCAAGUUCCCUGUUCAAAGCCACCUUUCAGGAGUCUUACCAGGUCUAUAAACGUUACCAGAUGGUUAUUCACAAGGACCCACCUGAUAAACCAACCGCCAGCCAGUUCACAAGGUUCCUCUGUGAAUCUCCACUUGAGGCAGAAAAUCUACCUAAUGGUCCAGAUUGUGGCUAUGGUUCUUUCCACCAGCAGUAUUGGUUUGAUGGAAAGAUAAUUGCUGUGGGUGUCAUUGACAUCCUUCCAAAGUCUGUGUCAUCUGUGUAUCUCUACUAUGAUCCUGAUUAUUCUUCCCUAUCUUUAGGCGUAUACUCUGCACUAAGGGAAAUUGCUUUUACUAGGCAACUUCAUGAAAAGGCCCCGGACCUAUGCUAUUACUACAUGGGGUUUUACAUUCAUUCAUGCCCUAAAAUGAGAUAUAAGGGCCAGUACAGACCAUCUGACUUGUUGUGUCCAGAGACAUAUAUCUGGGUACCUACUGAACAGUGUCUGCCUUCUCUUGAGCAUUCAAAAUAUUGUCGCUUCAAUCAAGACUUAAAAGCAGUUGAUGAAGGGAAUGUGAAGGAAUUGGGUCAGGUUCGGAUUCUGCAUAAGAGAACAGCCAUGCGUUACAGUGUGUACAAGAGAAGGAGGAAGGGGCCAAGCGAUGAAGAAAGUGUUCGACAAUAUGCAACUUUAGUGGGGCAGGCGUGUGCAGAGCGAAUGUUGCUCUUCAGAAGCUGAGGUGUCAAUUCUUGAGAUUGUAUGCCCUUGCAGUUUGGUGUUGAUAUGCCUAUUGAAAAUGGAGGCACUUUAUAUGAAUGAAUACACUGGCUUAUCUUAAAAGAAAAUACCAUUUUUUUCACCUUUCUGCCUAGGGUCUGGCAGAAUAUAAAGGCCCUUUGUUUUAUUUUGCUAUCAUGAUCCCUUCCUUGCAUUCUGAGAAGUGUGCAUGGUGUGAAGUACAUAAAUGGUCUGAACACAUUUUUUUUCCCUGUAGGGCUUUGUAGUUUCCUCUUAGGGAGAAUAUUUGAAGUCACUUGGGUGCUGACAUGUAUCAAAGCUGUGGUGAAAUGUGUGUAAGUUCCACAAAUGGGAGGCUAAAAUGUGCCAUUGCAUGCUACUCUGUUCCAGAACACAGCUAAACUAUGGUGCUUGGAAUUAAGCCUGUUUCUGUCCCAGUGAAUCCAAUAGCAAAACCCAGUUUAUUCUGGCUUGUGGACUUUAUAUAAUCUAUACUAUACGACAUACAAAGCCAUCUAAUGUAAACCUAUGCACUGUAGCUUUAGAGAGUCACUGCAGUUUUUAAUUUUUGCUUUAAAGAAUGUGUGGUAGUCUUUAAAUACCAAGAAACAUGGAGAUUCGAUUUUUUUUUUUUGUAAUUAAAUUGUUAUUGGAAUUGAAGCCAAGGUUAGGUUUGUGGUCAAAUUACCAAAGAGAUUACUUUAAAUAAAGCAACAGAUUGAUGUUGUACCUUGAUGUACAUCCCACUUUUUUGUAUUUGUAAUGCCUAUUUGUGUUUAUUGCAAAACUCUAAAAUUCCAUUUCUAUAUAUAUAUAUAAAAUCUCAUUAAAAAUGCUUUUUUAUCUUCAAAAAAAAGAAGUGUCCCUACUACUGCCAUUAUAGUUGUAUAUCCAGCACUGUUGCUCUCACUCAUACUUAGGUUCUUUGUUUUAUUAAAAUUGUAAAGUACACAGCU